UCUCUCCUUCGUCGGAAUUCCCGGAAGGAUUUUUUACACAACAGGAGCGAGAAGAAGGAGGCAUCAUUAUCUAUUUCAUAAUCAUUCUUUAUAUGUUCCUGGCUGUGUCCAUUGUGUGUGAUGAUUACUUCCUACCUUCCCUGGAGAUUAUCAGUGAUUCUCUUGGCCUCUCUCAGGAUGUCGCGGGAGCCACUUUCAUGGCAGCCGGCAGCUCCGCACCCGAACUAGUCACAGCUUUUCUAGGGGUUUUUGUCACAAAAGGAGACAUUGGAGUCAGCACCAUCCUCGGUUCUGCCAUCUACAACCUUCUUGUGAUCUGUGCUGCUUGUUGCCUCCUGUCGAGCGUGGUUUCAAGAAUUUCUUGUUGGCCAUUAUUUCGUGACUCUCUGGCGUACACAAUUAGUGCAGCGGCUGUUCUUGGCAUGAUAGUUGACAACAAAGUUUACUGGUAUGAAUGUGCUUCGCUUCUGCUCAUCUACGGAGCGUACAUUUUGGUGCUCUGCUUUGACAUUAAAAUCAGCCAGUACGUCAUGAAGAAGUUUAGCCCCUGCUGCAGCUGCUUUGAAGUAAAUGAGGAUGAGGCUGAGCAGCAGCCGCUAAUUGGAUGGAAGGAGACCGGGGCCCUCAUUCGUCGACAGUCAAGAGCAGACAGUGGGAUUUUUCAGGAUGAGUCCGAUUAUUCUCAACUUUCAAUGAGCCUGCAUGGACUAGAUACCAUUUCUGAAGACCCUCCAAGUGUCUUCACUGUGCCUGAAGCAGACCUGAAAAGGAUCCUAUGGGUGCUCUCUCUCCCUAUUCUUCUUCUGCUCUAUUUGACAACACCUGACUGCAGAAGGCAGUUUUGGAAGAACUGGUUCAUGCUGACAUUCCUCAUGGCGGCAGUGUGGAUUGGGGCAUUCACGUAUAUUCUUGUGUGGAUGGUGACGAUAGUAGGGGAAACGCUGAAAAUACCAGAAACCGUAAUGGGCCUGACGUUGCUGGCAGCAGGAACAAGCAUUCCAGACACAGUUGCAAGCGUGCUGGUGGCCAGGAAAGGAAGAGGAGACAUGGCCAUGUCUAACAUCGUUGGAUCCAACGUGUUUGAUCUGUUGUGCUUAGGAUUACCUUGGUUUAUCAAGACCGCCUUCGUGGACACAUCGGGGCCUGUGGAGGUGAACAGCAGUGGGCUGACUUACACGGCCAUUUCGCUUGUCUGCUCCAUCGCGUUUAUUUUUCUGGCGGUCCACCUGAAUGGCUGGAAACUCAACAGAAAACUAGGGGUGGUCUGCCUAGUGAUGUAUUUAGGAUUUGCGGUAUUAUCAAUUCUAUAUGAACUUGGAAUUGUAGGAAAUAAUCCUAUCACGGUCUGUGGCAACUAAGGUUUGUUUGUAUG